UGUAAAUGUUGUUUGCUAUUCUUUACCCCUAGGGUCAUUUUGAAAGUAAUAGUAAAAAUCUAACAAUAUAAAAGCUUUGCAGCAGUAGCUUUCUGUUUCAGUAAAGGAGCUGAAGCUAAAGGAAUCAACCUCCUGAACCUCCAGGAAACAUCAGACUAUCUUCAGGCCUUGAAAAUAAAAACAGAAGGCAUCAGAAUGCAGUGUGGCAUCAAGUUGCUGUCUUUGCUCUUCGGCAAGAAAGAUGAGCUCAAGAAAGAAGAGCUGAUAAGGUCCACCCAGACCCUCCACCACUAUGUGCACAAGUACUUCAGCAUAACCAACAGACUGUUAGAGAUACUCAACGCUCACCUGAAUCAAAGCCCUUCUGAUGCAAUUGAACCAAAUGAAAGUGAAAGCAUUGAGAAAAAUUGUGCCAGAGUGAGAAAUGUUAUGCAAGCGAUCCUGGAUCUUUCUGAGAGUGAGAACAAACACGUCCAAAAGGAAAAACACGAUCUUUAUAGCCUGAUUACUACAUCUGAAAUGUCACUGGAGGACAAGGCUAAACAGAUUAAGGAUCUGAAUCAGAAGACCAUGGGAACCUUGGGGGAAAUGUUCGGUCCUGUAGUCGUGGUUCGACUGGCGAACAGUGAUCUGAUGAAUGCAAUGCCUCCAGUGGAAAGCCGUGAAUCCCUGUUGCUUACACCCGGAGAUCUAGUUCAGAGCAGCGCAAAAAUCACCAAGCUUCUGUCUAAACCAGAGAGCCUGGAUGACGCUCUACAGUUAGUGCAAGAUGCCUUGUUUGCUCUGACAGAGCGCUGCGACUCCUACAAUGACAUUCUGUGUGAAGUGGAAGCCUACGUCGCCAUUUUAUCUGAAACAUGUAAAGCGAUAUUAUAAAGAUUGUCUCAUACUAAGAUACCCAGAGAGAGUAGUGAAGAUUAUGCUUAGCUGUUUUCCUCCACACCACUUUUAAUGUUUUAUUACUUUUUUAUCUUUUAUUAUUAUAAGAUUUAAAUUUUGGUGUUGAGUCCUAAUGUGAUGUGAAGGGUGAACAGAAAUGAGAGAGAGAAGGGAAAGUGCAGCAGGGUAUGGAGUUUUUACCAGUUCUAGCUAUCUGUUCAAUAAAAAUCAUCAAUAUUUGCAAGUCUAUUGCUGGCAACAAGCAGCUAAACUCUUUGCCUUACAGUAACAAUCAUAAUCAAAAACAGCUGCCCACUGUGUAUGUUUCUUCCACAGAUUUUGAUGCAUUAUUGAUACUGACAAUCUGAAAAUCAAAACAUUAAAGUCAGACUCUGUCAAACAGAAAAAGCAGAUGGUGUUUUUUUGGGUUGCGGUUAUCCUCAGCUCAUUUGCUCAUAUUUAAUCUACUAAAUAAUUUUGUUUUGAAAAUAAGCAUGUCUUGUUUUCGG